UAGAAGAUGAAGGAAAAUAGGAAUGAUGAGUAACAAAUGAAGAAGAAGAAGAAGAUGAUGAUGAUGAUGAUAAGCUUGGAGAUAGUUUUCCAUGUUAAAAGGUAACUCAGAUUCGAGGAAGAAGAAAAGAUUCUGUUGCUGAAGAAGAAAUAGUCGAGAAAGAAAUUGUAACCAUGUUUAUGUUUUUCGAGCUUUAAUUCUAAUCGUUGAACAUUAUCUUCUUCGGGUGAGUUUAUGUUUUCGAUACAAAUCACUCGAAGGAAUCUCACACAAUUAAAUUAUCAUCAAUAAUCUUAAAGAAUCUUUUACUCGAACCUCAUUUUCCCUGAAAAAAAAGUAGUAACAAUAAUCUUUCAAGUGUAAUCAUCAUUGAUUUUAAUCUUUAGUUAUUUUGGUGACAUCAAUAAACAGUUUUCUUUUCUUCAUCCUCAUCAUCAUGUAAACAACGAAUGACAUUCACAUUUGUAUCUAGUGUAAAGUAACACCGAGUGAGAGAGUAUUGAAGACAGAUAGAUAGAGAGAGAAGAUAAAUACAGACAGAGACUCUGGUUACUUUCACCUACAUGAUGAUGAUGUACAUGAUGUGAUAUAUUAAAUUCAUCAAUUCCCUUUCAUGUUGCUUCAAUUAUUAUUAUUAUUGUGAAAAGAGAACAUGAUAAAUAUGAUAUUAUCCAUGAUCUAUUUAUUUCCUCAUUUCUCAUUUGGCUGAAUUUUCAUCAUUCUCGUUUAAUUGUUGUUUACAUCGGAAAAGCUUCUGAAAACAACUCAACUGAUUCCCUUUAAAUUAUCAUUAUUAUUUUUCUUAUUCUUUUCUGUGAUAACAUAAUCAUUCACCAUCAUCACUCUCAUCAUGCUGACAGGGGAAAUCGAAUCCACCUUGAGAAGGUUGAUUAAAAUAUUUUCUUCUCUUCCUUCAAUGACCUGGAAUUAGAGUGAAAAUUAAAAUUCAUCAAUGAAUCUAUGGGAUUCCUCGUCUUUGGAAUCCUUAUUUACAAUUUAUUCUUGAAAUGCUUUCAACAUUUUCGGUGUUUUAAUUUGUUGAUUGUGCUUCAAUUAAAUCGUUUUUUCCUCCCAAAUCAUCAACAUAAUCAACAUUUUGUAUAUCCAAAUUUUAAGGAUUAAUCUCAUUUCAGUUUAUCUCAAUUACUGCAAUAAUUUUCUGGUGUUAUUUUUUCCUCCUUCACUUCAAGUGCCUAUCAGUUGAAAUCUGAUCAUCUUUUCAAUUUGAAAUCUCCAUUUUCUUGAAAAGUAACAAGAAAUACAAAAUGAAUCAAUUAACAACAAUUAAAUCAACAUCUCCAUGAACCACAAUUUUACAAGAAUUGGUAAAACAAGAAACAACAAUUAGUGAGACGAGUAAUACAUGUACAAACAUUGAAGGAAAAAGAUAAACAAAACCACCAAUUUGAGCCUAAUCACCAGGAAUUAAUUAUCACAAGUAAAUCAGUGAUUACAAGUGAUUUAGAUCAACAGAAUUAAAUCAAUCUCAUCAAUUUUACCUGGUUUUGUUUUCAUUCGAGCAAAUAAAACUCGGAUUAUCUGUUAUUUAGUGUCUGUGAUUAGCAAUGAAACCUAAUGACUCCUAUGAGAAUCUUGCAAUUAUAAUUGUCCUUUCUGGAUGUGGAACUGCAAUUCUGGCUGCGAUUCUGGUUCUUAUCUGUUGUCACCUAUUUGUCAAGAGUAAAGAGACUGUCACUCGAUCAAGAUAUUAUACAAGUUCUGGACGUACUUACACAUUGGAAAGACAGACAACAUCAUCAGAUGAUAAUAACAUGGAAUUAUUCAGUUGCUGUAUUGAGGAAUCGAUUUCUCAACAACCGGAUGCUGAGGAAAGUGAUGAGGAUAAAACUGUUUCACCUCGAUCUCUGUCCAUCAGCGGUGGAAAUGGUAAUGGAAAAGCUCAAAAUUCAAAUGAGAAGACGAAUAACAUUGAAUUGAACAAUUUUCCCCAAGUAAGAUUUUGCACUAAUCAAAAUGGCGGAUUAGUGGAAACAGAUAAAUCAGAGAGAAUUGAUGAGCAGAUUAAUAAACCAUUGAAUUCUAGUCAUCGAAGAUCCUCAGGUGGGAUUACCCGUCAACAAAGUUUCGAGGUUCCUGAUGAAGAGAUUAACAUCGAUCUGACUAAUACAAUAGCCCAUGAAGAGGAAAACACUGAUGAAAGAUCCCCUGAAACCAUAAGACGUGAAUAUCGUGAACUAUGGCAAUUACGAGCUACUUUAGAACUGGAAGAAAAUCAAUCAACUAAUCCAAUCGAUGGUCAAUCAUCAUCAACAACGAUACCUGAUAAUAUGGAGAUGACCAAUCAACCUGAUUCUGUUGAUUUAGUUAAUCCUAAUCUCACCAAAUCAUCAACUAAAUAUGAAUCUGGAUGGUUUUCCGCUGAUUCUGGCUAUCGAUCAAUGGAAAGACGAGAUUAUUCAAUUGAUAGUAAAACCGAAUCAAUUUAUCGUUCGUUUAUAUCAAAUUCGGGCCCAUCCAAGAAAUCACAUCACAGUAUUCAAGAGGAACAAGAAUCAGAGGCUUUUGUGUAAUCGACAAUUAAUCAACAAAUUGUCUCUAAAUCACAAUUAUGUUGCAAAUCCAUAUAUCUAUUGAUGCCUUCGUUUGGAAUACAAAUUAUCAUUUAAUCCUCAUCAUGGUCAAACCAUUAAGAUUAUUUUGAUUCUUGCCUUUGGUCUAUUAGAUGAUUAUCAGAGACUCGAAAACUAAAUGGGAACAUAAUCUGAUCAACUUUCAAUUUAAUCAAGGUUAAUUUAAAUUCUAAUUAUUUUGCUCUUACCAACAAUUAAUCAACCAAAUGUUUCAUUGAAAUUCAAUUUUCUGUCUAUUGUUUUGAUCUCAUCAAUGAGACUCUUCCCGAUUAGAAUGCAAAGUGAUCAUUAUCGAUUCAAUUGGAACGAUUAAUUAUGCUGAUUGUUGUUAUUAAUCGAAGAUGCAAAAAAAAAUAAUUCGUUCCUAAUGAUUGCUUCGAAAAAAGUUCUUAAUUGCUUCGAUUCCUUCUCAUUAAUUUCAAUUCCAUAUUUGCCUUGAUUACAAGAUCUGAUCCAUUUAUUAAAUCAACUUUUGACCAACAGCGACAAUUGUUACUAAUUGUAUCGUUUUUGACUCAACCUGAUUAACUGAUUGUGGUACAAAUUCAUCAUCUUAAAUCAAUCGGCUUGAACCCAAUCUCGAAGAGCUGAAAAUCUCCUCGGGGAAAUGAUUACCGACUAAUCAUUUUCGCAAUCUGAUUAAUUGCUGAUCAAAUGAAUUGAUCAAUAAACAAACCAGAUAACUGUAAAGUCUUCAAUGUAUUUAACCAAAAAAAAUUAAUGAUUUUUUUUUCUAAUUGUAACAAAUCAUCACAGUGAAAAUAAAACAAAAUCCGAGUAAUUAAAGUGGAA